AUUCUAGGAAACGGACUCCUUUGUUCAAUCGCGGCAUCGCUUGCCAUCUUGCACAGCUAAUCCGCAAGAAAUGCUAAGAACCACCAUGCGCAGCGCCACUUACCUGGCGAAUACCUCCUGCCAUGGCAAACGACGAGUACAAACCAUUGACUAGCCCCAGCGGGAGUUAUGCAGACCACGAGGAAGACGCCCUAGUGCACCGAAUCCUUCAAAACUUCCCAGAGACGACGAGCCAGCGAAGGCGAUCUUUACAAAUCAUUCGAUACACUGUCGAGUUCAUCCUGAUUCUAUUACUCGGCCUCAACGUGUAUUCCAUGUUCGGCGGCAAGGUCUCAUCUUCCGAUACUGGCACAGACCGCCGCGUAUCAUCAGGUCCAUUGAACCAACAUCCCAUUUUCGGACACGAUGAGAAUUACAUGUCAAUAGACCACAAAUGGGAUUACUUGUGGGAGAUCGAACUCGCCGAAGACCAUGGAAAUAUUGCUUUCCCGCCCUUCAAUGCUUCCGGCUAUAGCCUCGACCAAAAGCACGACGAAGGCAGUAUCGGAAUGUUUCAUUCACUACACUGUCUCGCUGGCAUUCGGAAGGCGUUGCAAAGAGCAUCCGCAGGCGAAAACAUUGGCAAGGAUGCUCAUGAUGAUCCGCAUUGGCCACAUUGUCUCCAUUAUCUGCGCAUGUCAAUCCUUUGCCAGGCCGAUGAUACUUUUGAGCUGGCGAGAGAUAUCUAUGGGAAUCUGAAGGGUGAUAUUGCCGAAGGAGUCUAUGAUCGUCGGACAUGUCGAGACCCUCAACCGCUUUAUGAUCUGGUGAGGAAGUAUGGUAUUGAGAAGAGAGAGAAGGCCGCUGGCAAUGGGCAUGACCAUGGGCACAGGAGAAUUAAACGGAGGAUCAACACAACGUAUCUGGCAUUGCAGCAUGUGCCACAUCUCCAUUCUCUGCCUAACAACAACAACAUGCCGUAUACUGAUCUACCUCUUCCUGAUUAG